GUGCCCAGGCAAAGCGUCUUGCUCGCCUGGGACAUCUGACAACACCCAGCCCUGCCCAAAGCUCGCCCCGGCCCCUCCGAGCCGGCAGCGAGUCAGAAACAAAGAAGAAACCCCUUUGUGGGCUGGGAUUCGCCCUUUAUUCUGAACAAGGGGACGUCACACUCGCCUGGCUAUAGAUGGAGCUGUGGGGUCCGAAUCAGCCCUUCCGUGCAGCCCCAUGUGCCUGGCCAUGGAGGUGUGUGUGUGCCACAGAGGCAGGCUGCUCUGUAAUGUAACUGGAGAGCUUCUGUGAUCUACAAAGGGCGAGGAGAGAGAGAGAGGAGGUCCCCUGUGUAUCUCCCAUAUACCCUCCCCCUACCACCCAAGAACAGACACAUCAAAUCCAGCCUCAUUGCUGUCAGGAGCUCCUCUCUGAUCCCCCCCACCCCAAACCCCUCCCCCUCUCCCCUCCAGCCUGAUCACACCAAGGAAUGAUGAAAAAAAAUAAUUCUGCAAAAAGGGGGCCACAGGAUGGAAACCAGCAAUCCAUGCAGCCAGAGAAGGUUGGCUGGGUUAGGAAAUUUUGUGGGAAAGGCAUUUUUAGGGAAAUCUGGAAAAACCGUUAUGUGGUUUUGAAGGGAGAUCAGCUUUAUAUCUCAGAGAAAGAGGUCAAAGAUGAAAAAAACAUCCAGGAAGUGUGUGACCUGAGUGAUUAUGAGAAAUGCGAAGAACUCAGGAAGUCCAAAAGCAGAAGCAAAAAGAACCACAGCAAGUUCACGCUAGCACACUCCAAACAGCCUGGAAACAUGGCACCAAAUCUGAUCUUCCUGGCCGUCAGUCCGGAAGAGAAAGAGUCCUGGAUCAACGCCCUCAACUCCGCCAUCACCCGAGCCAAAAACCGCAUCUUAGAUGAGGUGACUGUUGAGGAGGACAGCUACCUCGCCCAUCCGACCCGCGACAGAGCGAAAAUCCAACACUCCAGACGGCCUCCGACACGGGGACACUUGAUGGCUGUGGCAUCUACCUCAACAUCGGAUGGCAUGCUGACACUGGACCUCAUCCAAGAGGAAGACACCUCUCCAGAGGACCACGGGACUUGUGAAGAGAGCUUUCGGGUGGACCUGGAUAAGUCCGUGGCGCACCUCGCUGCUGGCCGGCGCCGGUCGGAUUCGGAGAAUGUCAAGUCCUUGGAGAAAGGCCGGACAGUGAGCCUGCUGAGACGGGAGGCAACCUCGUGGGACAAAACUGGGAAAAGCAAUGACGCCUUCGACAAAGGGACCAUGUACACCCCGCAGGUCCCCAAAAAGCUCUCGCACUCGGAAAAGAACAAAUGUGCCUCCAUGGAGGAGAUUUUGUCUCGCCAGGACUCUUCCGCACACCGGGCGCUGCUGAGGAAGGGGCUGGAGGCUCAGGUUGCCUCGGGUGAGCCCGAGCAGCUGGCCCGGAUACAGGAACUGGUUGCACUGAAACUGGAAAAAACUCAGGAACUGCUGACGGAGGUGAAGGGCUACGGGGAAGGGAAGCGAAAGACAAAAGAUUUCGCUGCUGCUGCCACCACCACCUCUUCCUCUUCCAAGUCGGACUCUGAAAGCAUCUUGCAGGAGACAGAGAGGUUGCUGGGUGAGGCCUCCUCCACCUGGAGCCAAGCCAAGAAGGUGUUACAGGAGAUUAAAGAGCUGAGGGACCUGUACAAACAAUUAGAACUGCAACCGUCGGACCCUAAACCCAAACAGAUCUCACAGUCUCAGUACAGGAAGAGCAUGAUGUGAAGGCACGCUUCAGGGUAAGAUGGUGGUGAUUUCUUUUUAUUAUUAUUUACAGUGUUCGAAACAGUACAAGGUGCCUGUUCUCAUCAAAACUUCUCCUCAAGCUUGACCCCUUCCCCUCCCCAGAUCUCCCCCUCUCCCCCCAUCCCCAGAUGAAACAAAAGGUGUUCAAAUAAAUCAGUUUGGAUUCCUACUUUUUUUCAAAGUAUCCUUUCUCUGCGUUCUUGGGCUGCUCAUGUCAUGCUUGCAGGAUGGAAGAUCACCAAGACCUGGAAAGCUCCUGGCAUACUUGUGGGGACAUAUGCACAGCAGCAGGGUAGAUAUUCUCCCUCUAUAGAAGCCCUGGGUUUGCUGCUCUGAACCCAGUGUUCUGCAUUACAACUCUUUGACCAAGAGCAUUGGCAACAUGGCGAAUGUUUUUCCUCCUCUUUAAAAAAGAGUCAGCACAUGGAGGUCCCUUGUUAUCCAAAAACUGCCUGGAAGAUGCUUGCCAGUGACAUCCAAGCCGGGGUUGGAAUUCCGUUGUCAGAACAAGGAGAUUCCCAGCCUGGAAUGCAGUCUGACGUGUCAUGAGAGGCAUCGGGAGCUCCUUCCUGGACUGCAGUUAACAGGGCUCUUCUCUGGCAUUGUUCCUGCACUGAUCCCAAACCCUCUUUUGCAAACUCCUGUGGCAGGCAGCUGUUAAUACAUGUGGUACAUAUACAGCCCUCUGUACAGAGGCAACAGGUAUGCAAUCUGUGUUAAAACUAACCCUGUCUGUCAGCCGAUGCUUCGGAGACACCCCCUGGCGUGGUGCAAUGAGAUUUAGCAACCACAAUGUCUUCCUUCUUGUGCAGAUGAUCAAGGCCUGGAGUCCAAUGGGCAGUCAUUAUUUGUUUUUCAUUGUUCUUUCCUUCAUUUAGGCUGGAGUGAAAUGGAAAGUCAGGGUUUGGCACAGAGGGCAACAGAAAAGCUGAGAAUUGCUGUUGGUUUAAUGGGCCUGAUUCUGUUCUCACUCACACUCUGUUUACACGAUUGAUCCUCACACAAUUGUCUCUUAGAUGACAUUGAUGUGAGGUCAGUAUCAGGCCCACUGAAACUCAAACGGAUCCCAAAUUAGAGCUCAGAUAUCCUCGCCUCGUUGAUGUCUAACACUUUUCUAAGUAGGUGGCUCAGCUUUCAUGCACUUAAGCAGCAGGACAAGAGGAAAAUAUGCUAAGAUUUCUCUCAGGGCUUAAAGUACACUGGCAAAUUAACAUCAGUUGUUUUUUCAAAGAAAUCUAAUUUCCUUGCCUAUGUUGCAAAGAACCCCUGAGAAUAUUAAAAACAACUGAGUUUUAAUGUCUAAUUUCCUUUUCACUGUUUACAUUUUGUACUUCUCACAUAUUUGAAAUGAGACUAGUUAUGUUGACAUCUAUGUCUGGUCAGUUUCAUUCAUAUUGCCCACUAAGGCUGUGAUGUUUGGGUUGCAAACGCUGCAAGGAAAUGUUGAUCUGUGUUUUUUAAAAGCUCUCACCAGUUGGAAUUAAAUAACAUUGGUGGAAAUAUUUCCAUUGGCCUAAGCUUCUUUAACAGUUGGUUGUUUGCAAAGCUUAAAUUUGGGGCCCAAUUUCACCUCACAAUGUCCUUUUAAGAUAUUCAUAUCUCUUUUCAAAACCUAUCCUUCAAACAUCAGAAAAAUCUCUGGCUCACUUCAGUUCUUAUCACAAAGCCACACAGUCAUGCUGUCAUGAUAGAAAUGGGGAGAUUUGGCUUUUACAGAAUUUACAAGAAGUAUCCUUUUCUUGAUUUGUUUUUUUAACAUUUUGACCACUCAAUGGGUGCAUUUUUACAGUCUGUGGAAUCAAAUUUCAUCCCUUAAAAAAAAAAGAGAGAUUUAAAAAAAAAAAACCCUGACAUGUAAGCCAUUCUGACAGUGCCCUUCUAUGUCAUCUCUCUUUGAUCCAGAAGGAAACAAGAAAAAAAUCUUCAAAUAGUUUUCAGAUAUAAUGUUAAGCAUUAAAAAUAACUCAAAAUAGAAAAGCUGUUUUAAAAUCUAGAGGUUCUAAUUACACUGGAUUAGCAUGGACAUGUGUCAUGAGUGGGGUUGAGAUUCUAGGCACUGGAAUAAUAUCAAAAUGUAUGUAUGUAAAAACACUGAUUGAGUUAUACAAUUCGAGCAAGAUGCCCAAAGUCUAAGGCGCAUAUGGGGUUACUGAACACACCUGAGAAUCCCACAGUUAUGUAGAAACUUGCUCCUUAAAAAUCUGUCUUGUGCAACCUGCUAAGAUAAUGACAAAAACUGUUUGGUUAACAGGGGUGGUUAUCUGACUAUAGGGAAAACAAAACAGUCCUAGAGACUUCGUAGGUGUCUUGAAUAAUCACCUAAGACGGGUGGAUUUGUCCAUUGGAGGUGGGCUUGGUGCAAGUUUCACUCUAUGGGAGUAAUUACCCAGGGUUCCAGGCAGGUUUGUACAGUAGCUUUGCUACCUUGAAGCUAGCUUGGGUGUAUCUACAAGAAUGGUGGUUACAUCCUGUGGCUACAGUGUAGACAUACUCUGUGUACUUACGGAGCUAAGGAGUUGCAGCACCUGGGCAGGAGACUACCUGUUGGUUUGGAAGCAGGUUUGUCCUACAACGAAAACUCACAGGUCACAUAGUUGUUGGAGCUGUGCAAAAUUUUGCAACAGGUCUAAGCUUGGGACCAGGUUUUGCUGAGCUUCACCAACCUUCCUGCUAACCUACAGUGGACUUCUGGGCAAACGGGGGCGGGCAGAUGGUUUGUGGAGGGAACCAUUCCGGAUGGAUUUGCAUGGUUUUGACGCCUGAAUUGGGCAGUUGUGGGUUUGGUUCAACCCAAAAGUCCUGUGAUACAAACCCAGUGAAGUGAGUUCAAAAAAGAAACCAUCACACUAGUGCCCCUGAAAAGCAAAACAGGCAGGUUUCAUACAGCUCUAGCCACAGCAUUUAUGUCUGGACAUCAUGAUUCUGCAUCAGAACAGAGUCAUGAUGUGAUGCUGUGAGAUCACGGUCUCCUCAUCAUGCCACGGUGACAUUGAUCUUACCCUGGAGCAUCUCAAGAGAUAGGGAUUCAAAAAUCACCCAAUCAAAAACUGGGAUGAGCGGCAACUCAAAGGAAUUGGAAUCCUCCCCAUCCAAUCAAAUUCCUAAAGUCCCCCCUGCCCAUGACCUCAGAGCGGAUGUUGGGGAUGGGAGGGAAAGAGGUACAGUGGGCCAUCUCCCACUCCUUGCUUCUGUGCCUGGGUCAUGAACAUCACCAAGGUUUUCAUGACCCUUCCGCGCCAUGGGCACCUCCAAAAUGCCUACUGCAGCUGCUUCUGGGUGAAAUUCUGGCCCCACUGACAUCAGUGAAGUCAGGAUUCCACCUUCUGACUUGAAGCAGAGCUAACUUUAAGAUUUUAAGGGUCCCAACAAAGGGGUUAUUUUUGAGGUGCUCAUUCCCCUUCUAUAUCCCACCUCCAUCUCUCCUUCUCCCUCCCUGGUCAAUGAGCAUAGACAGCGCUUGGCUUUUACAAUCCCAUGCUGUGGCACAAAGAGAGGCCCCAAAGCUGGCCAGACCUGUCCCACUCCUUUGGCCUUUCCUCCACUCAGCAGUGUUGCCAGAGAAUUUGGUAAGACUGCGAGUUCACAUUAUCAUUCAUUAUUUGUAGAGCGGGCUGGAAAUUUUCCAAUGGAAUGUUUUUCCUUUGGAAUCCAAAACUUCCCAUGGGAACAUGUCGAUUUUGAUAAAAUUUUGUUUCGGGGGAAAAAAGUGAGGGGGGAAAACAAGAGUUUUGAUGAGUUCAAAACAUUCUGUUUUGACAUUUUCAGAAUGGAACACGUCAGUAUUUAGUUUUGAAAUUUAUAUUAUAAAAAUGUAAACUCAUUUUAAAACGCCAACACUGAAACAAGAGAGACAAGGUGGGUGAGGUCCUAUCUUUUAUUGGACCAACUUCUGUUAGUGAGAGAGACAAGCUUUUGCGCUUACAUGGAGCUCUAAAACAUUUCAAUUGGCCCCAAACCAAAACUUUUUCAGAAAUGUCAGUUUCUGGAAAAUUUUGAAAUUCUUUGGUUUUGUUCUUAGUUUGUAACUACGCAAAUUUAGAGAUCACUGAAUUUCCUGCAAAACAGAAAUUCCAAUUCCCACACAGCUCUAGUCAGGUAUCAGGACUCACUGUGUGAGAUGUGGUACAUUUUUAUUGCUAGUAGGUCUAUUACAGUAGUGCCUUAGAGUCCCGGUCUUGGAUCAAGUCCCAUUGCGCUAGGUGCUGUACAAACACAGAACAAAGAGACAGACCUUGCCCCCAACAUGGGAUACAAUUCCCCCUCCAUUCACUUGUAAUCCCUUUUAUUUUAUUUUAAAUUUCACCAAAUUUUCCCCAUUUGUUAAUCCCUUUUGUGGGAUUACAGAGAAAAGCCAAAUACAAGAGAGAGUGGCAUGUGUGCAGAAAACAUGCCAAUCAGUUUAGUACUGCUGUUACCUUCCUUCCCAAGCACAUCUUUCUGAGUUAAAAACGGCAUGAGGAAUUGUGGUGGGGAAGGGAAUAAUGUGUGGGAGGAAUGUUCGUGAGGACUCGGGGUCUGCGUAAGGAGGAGAUGGGGUAAAGAGACCAAGGGUGUGAUUCUCCAUUCCCUUGCACUUUCUGCAGUCAUGUGCGUCAGUGCAAAGAGGGUGCAUUUUACACCCAUUAUGCACUGAUACAAAUGACUGAACAAGGGGCAGGGCAAACAGAGAACCCGGCCCCACAUCCUGUCUGUCGUUGAUUCAUCUGACCUUUCACAGCAAAUUGCAAUUUUGAUUUUAAACCUUCUGUGCAUCAAGAAACAAAAAAUCGAGUCAGUUUCACUGAUGCUCCAUAGUCGGAUCUUUUCAAUCCAGCUGUGCAUGUUGGGAAGCAGCAUGGCCUAGUGGAUAGAGCAUUGGACUGGGACUCAGAAGAUUGGCAUCCUACUCCCAGCUCUGCUGCUGGGUGAGCUUGGGCAAGUCACUUUCUGCCUCAGUUUCCCCAGCUGUGAAAUGGGGAGAAAGAUACUGACCUUCUCUGUAAACCACUUGGAGAUCUAUGGAUGAAAAGUGCUCUGUAAGAGCUAGAUAUUAUGAUGCGCUGACUAGCUGCUCUCUGGUUUAUAAGGCACUGCACACUACUGUGGAACGUUUGUAUUGGUAUUAGGUUUUCUGGUUCUGAAGCAAUUGCAUGGCCAUUGUUUUCACUGUGUAGCUAAGGGACUGUCUGACCAAGGUGGCCAGUGGCAGCUCUGAUGGCCCUCAGAGCAAGCCUGCAUGCUCAUUGCUCUGUUAUACUGUAUCCCAUGCUCUUGAGGUCAAAUUCCUUCAGGCCGCAUCAAUGCCGUGAGCAAACUGAGGAACCAAGGGCUACAAAGAGCGUGGCUGUAAUGAAUGGGUUUGCAACCAAAGUAUUGUAACUCCUGAAAGACAAAGCCAGCAAUCAUCCAGGGAAGGGAAUCAUUCUCCUGUUCUCACUGACCUGCCACUGAAAUCAGUAGGGGUAUGUUGGGAGAAUAGAGGACCUUAGAGUUUUUUUCCCCCAGCUUCCUCUGUAGUAUGGUUCACCUGUGGUGAUCAUCCGGACAUCUCAGCUAAUCAAUUCCCUGCCAUUGCAGGAGCUUGGGAUACUGGGGGCACCUUGGUCCCACUCGUUCUCUGCCUGUGGUGCAGUUUCAUUUCCUGCAGACUGAAAUGUUUUGGUCUAACUAAAAUCUUUGGGCACAGCACAAGGGUAACUGAGUGAAAUGUGAUAUACUGGAGGUCAAACUAGAUGAUCGAUCUGAUGGUCCCUUCUGGCCUUCAACUCAAGGAGCCUAUGAAAUAGCGGGGUGAGGAAAUAAGGCUUAAGCUCCCCUGCUCAAAUGGCGUUUUGUGACUCCUUUGACCCAAAACGUACAGUGAAUAACACCAUGGCCGUGGUUCCCCGAUUCUCCAUUGGCUGCACCAUGUGUGAUUCACCGCUGUGCCAAGUGGGCUAUAAUGCGACAGAAUCAGAACACCAGUGUUUACUCCCACUUUGCACUGGUCUAAAUGGGGUGCAGGAUGAUUGGGAAAAAUCAAGCUUUGGGGCUUCAAAGCUAGUUUUUCACUCAGUGCAGUCCACCCAUUUGCUGGCUCUGCGCUCAGCCAGCUGAGACCAGCUCAUGUUUAGCCUGAGCUAAAAAGACAGAGCAGCAGGCUCAGCUUUAAAAUUCCUCUGUGGCUUUAUUUAAUUAAUUAACUUAGUUAAAGAAAUGGGUCCGGAAUUGCCCCUGGCACCAGGCAGCCACAUAUUCAUAGCUCUAAUUGCCAGCAAAUUUUCAUUUAGACCGAAAAAAAGGGGUCAUGAAUAAAGCAGCAUGGAAAAUGCUACGUGAAGGGGUCUUUUAUAUCCUUGCUCCCCACCCACUAAGAUCAAAUCAAGGGGAGAAUAUGCCCAGAAGCCAAUCACUUUUUUUUUUUUGCAUGCCUCUUACUAAAAUCUUUUGCUGCUGGCUCCUUGAUUCUCAUUGCACCUGCCAAAAACCCAGUCACACUGCAAUGAAAUCAUCGCUAUAUAUGGCAGGCAUUGCUAGUUCCCCCAGCUCUGCCUCCUGGGCGUGGCAGGUGGAGGACACCUUGAAUGGUACAUUCAGGAGCUCAGCAGUCGUGUUCCAGCUGUAUGUACCUGGGGCAUUCAGCACUGUGGGUGGGUUCUCCCUGAAAAUAGCAAGAUGGAUAGGUAUAGUCAAAGGGUUAAAAAGAAAUGGGUAAUCAAUGUUUUUAUCAAGUUUGAUUUAAAAAACGAGAUCCAUUUUGCAUAGAGCCCUUCGUGUCAAGCCUGAGCUGGCUGAAAUGGCAUAGCCCAAGAAGGAGAGCGCUUGACAGGAGCGCCACCAAAACAUAGCAGAUGCCUAUGGCUCCCACGAGCACAGCAGUGCAGCGACAGCAGGGGCCCUUUGGUUGACUCUGCAGGAAGACAAGGCAUCUGGAGGAUUGGUUUGGAACUGGGGUAAAUGCAGCCCCUGAAAAAUUUCACGCCCUGAGCACUGCACUUAGGUCAACCUCACCCCCAGUGUAGACGCAGCAGGGUCGACAGAAGAAUUCUGCCAUCUGGUGAAAUCCAUGUCUUUUUGUGUAUGUUUUUAUGUUGGAAGAAAGAAUUGCAGAUGCUAAGAUUGUUUUCGGCACAAAAUUCAAGAAGUCUUGUGCCACUGUCUGUCAUUGUUCCAGUUGUAUGUGGACCGAUGACUGUUUCCCAACCUCUUCUUUCACUUCUGAUCUGGGCAUUAAAAUCUCCUGUAACCAGGACAAGAUCGUGGUUUGGUAUUUCUUUCUUUACAUUGUUCAAUUCUGCAUAGAAUCGCUCUUUGUCUUCUUCAUCUGCAUCGUUUGUUGGAGCAUAUGCCUGGACUCUGGUGCACUUAAUGUGCCGAGAGUGGAAUCGAGCUGCCAGUAGCUUAUCUGAUAUUGGCUGCCUAUUCAUAUGUGUUUUCUUUGCAGCGCUAUUCCUGAUGAUUUCUACACUUCCCUCAUGUUCAGUUCCACCUGAAUAUAACAUUGUUUUUUCUCUAGAUGUUAUCAUACCUUCAUCUUUUCAUCUAACUUCACAAAGUCCUAGAUUGUCAAUUCUAUAUCUAUCCAUUUAUUUGAUUACCUGUGCUACUUUUCCUGCACUAUUCAGAGCUCGUACAUUCCAGGUAGCUAUGGAUUUAUUCUUUUUGGCUGUCAGAAUUUGGAUCAUCGAGUAGGUGACUUCCUUAUGGAUUUGAUCAUCCACUGUCAUAAUGCUUUCCAUUCUUCUCAGGCUGUGAUUUUUGGUUUAUGUGGUUUAUGUGAGUAGUUUCUGUAGCUAGAACUUGGGGGUUUUUUUACGGUGAUGGGAAGCCGCCCCAUCAACUGACCCUCCUCCUUUUUGAUCCUGGCUUGGGUCCGGCACUGACGGAGUUGCAUUAUAUUAUAUAUAAACAAAAAGUUGUUUCAGACUGAAAUAUUGAAAUUUUUCAUUCCAAACAUGUCAAAUCAGGAUGUUUUGAUAUUGUCAGAACUCUUUCCCACCCUGUUUUUUCUCCCCCAAAACAAAAUUCCAGCAAAAUCGAUCCCAUUUUGCGGGAACCUCCUAUUCCAAUGGAAUGUGGUUCUAUCUGAAUUUGUCAUGACAAGGAAUAGGCCAUCUGGCUGUUCCUCUGUUUACAUCUCCCCUCACUCUCUGCAGAACUACUGUAUCUCACAGUUCCCCUUUGCAGUGUGGCAGCUACUGGUCACCAAACCACCCGCUCCCCAGCUAGACUCAUUCUCUGCUCAAAGGUUAAAAAAACAAACCAACAGAGACCACAGCGCUCCUCAGCAAUGAAAAUCACCAGCCCACGGUGCUUUCCUGUGCAGCGCUGCUGGGAAGAGUGUUAUGGGACACUCAAACUCUGUUCUGUUGCAGCUCACUUCAAAAUCUUACCCGCUAGCCUCCAUUCCACCAGCGAGUUUGUUGGGUCACGGGGGAAGGCAUUAAGUGGGCAAGGCGGACUUAAAAGCUGGGACUGUUGCAUGCAUCUUGUUGCUACUAUCUAAGGGAAUUGGCUUAGUAGCUAGCGGGCUGGACUAGGAGUCUGCAACCUUAGUUUUGUUCCUGGCUCUGGUGCUGCGUGACCUUGGGCUAGUCAUGUCACUGCUGCGCCACCAUUCCCCUUCCCCACCCUGUGCAUAAAGAGCACUGUAAACCUGACUCUCUUUGGUAAAGAGUGUUGAGAACUGCUGUGCAGGUCUACGGAUUCCUGAUGUAUAGGAUGGGAGGGCCUAGAGGCCCCAACCCAGAUUAUGCCUGGUGCUGCUCAGACACAGAUAGUUCCUGCUCCAAAGAACCCGUGGUGUGAACAGACAAGGGAUGAGAGGGGAAACUGAGGGUUUAUACCACCCCUGCUCAGUAGAAGUCUAGCUGGCAUGGAAGUGAAAACAUCAGGGGCCAUAUGAGUCAUGUGUACACUAGUGCUGGCACCACCAAUGCGAGAGCAACAGUGGGAGAUUUUUAAAAGACUAGUGUAAACGAGGCUCUAUUGUGGUUUUGAAUCUAGUGGGUUUCACUGAGUUUAGCAAUAAGUCAGACCUGGGCUUGUCUGAAACUUGUCCCCCAGGCUGGCUUGAUACUCUGCCCCGAUCUCGCCUGAAACCCAGCCCUGGGCUUGCUCAGAAUGUCUUAACUUCAACAAACCUGACUCAAGUUCAGGGCUCAUAACAAAACCCAGAAUCUGGGAUGUCCUCAUACAGCCGUGCAUGUGGGCCCUUAGACAACUGCCUGUCCUUAAACCAGUUCUCUAGGAAUGGUUCCAAACAGUUUUCCUGAAUCUCCUACUCUGUGCUGUUUAUCCUUUCAUUUCAGAGAAUCGCUCCCUGUAUUCCUUUUUCAGGGAAAUAUUUCUCACCCUCUCUCCCCCCAUAUACUCACACUCCUAAACACUCACGUCCCUCCAAAAAAAUCCCUCUUAAACCCAGUGGAGUUUACACCCAGAUACAUCCCUAUUUUGGCAUCUCCAAAUGUCUCUGUCUAGUGGGAAUGAACAAACACAAAUACCACACAGGCAGUAAACAAGAUGCCAACUUUUCUCCUUCCUCUGCCAUCAGACUGGACCCCCCUAAUUCUUGCAGGCUCCUAUUCCUAGCAACGUUGGUGAAUGAUUAUUUAUUUUUGUUUAACUCUCUCAAUAGUAGGUUGGACACUGCCGGUCCAGGCAGGCGCUAAACCCCUAAGUGAUUAGUUUAGCUUUCCGCCCACAUGCCCCUCCUCCCCUGCUAAACUGACAUUGAAUUUCAAUUUGCAAGCUGGGAAAUAAGUGAUGGUCCCAUUUCCCCUCCCAAUAAACACUGACUGGCUCUCCAGACGACUGGGAGAUUGUUGUAGCUGAACUACAGGAAACCACAGUGAAACAAAAGGCUGCUGGAGGAACAGAACACAGGGACGAGGAUGAUUAUGACACAAAUGGGGUGGGGGAACUGCAGGGGGGUGAAGAGAGAAGAGCUUUUGGAGACAGCAAUAGGACUCUUUAAAAGCAACGAAACGAGACUAAAAAUAAGCGCCAGUGCCAGAGGGGAAGUGGGAUAAUCUCUGGGCAGGAGGCACAUGGAUCUCUCCCAAGCUGGUUAGAGAAGGGAAGAGAGAGCGAAGGUGUCAUAGACCAUUUCCGUCACCACUGUCAUGGUUAGAGAAGCAGGGGGAGAAUGAGUACAGUGGGCAAAGCCAAGGCUCGGCUAAGAGUAUAUUCCAAGCAGUCGAGACACCUGCAUGCAGAUCUAUUUGGGCAUGGCCCAAGGGCUAAGUUUGGUCCCAUUUCAGCAGUCCACCCCAUUCAGCAAUUUGCUCUCAGGUGCUUUGCUGGACAGGGAUGUGCUUAAGGACCUGCUUAAGUAUUUUACUGAACCAGGCUCCUCAAAUGGAACCUGCAGCUGCUCCCGCCGUAUCACAGAAAAGCCAGUACAAAUGCUGACUGGCCAGUGGUUCUUACUGCUGCUGAACUCCUCCAAUGAGCCAUUUCUGUUCAUCCGUCACAUGUGGAUGGUGUUCAGGGCCAUAUGAGUUUUAUUUAUUUGUUACAAAAGCAGAGGCAGAUUGUGAUCAUGACGAAUUGCCAUCACAGCCCUGGACACUGCAAAUUUUGGGCAGCCCCUCUUAUGGGUUGCAAACUCAUGAUCCGGUUUCACCUGGUAUAUAAAGAGACUGAUUCUUUUAGUUACAAUGUAGCAGCUGCUCUAAAAGCAAUGGGCUGGAUUCUCAUCUGGUGACCUGCUGACUUCCAUGCAGCCAUGCCACUUUAUAUCAGCUGGGGAAUCUGGCACCAGAUUGUUUUAAGAGUGUUGCAUCCAGAAAUAGAAAACUAUUAGCAUUCUGAGUGUGUGUGUUGGGGGGGGGGGGACCCAUGUGAACGGACACAGACCCCUGCCUGCAAACAUUCCCCUAGUACUGCCACCUAAACUGAGGUUUGAGACAGACCUGAGGCACAUAGUGUUUCAUUAGCUGUGAGGGAUGCAUUAGGCAGGCAGAAUUGUAGGUAAGAUCUUUAUUGAUCCAAUGCUACAUGCAUAAAGGCCAGUGUUUGUCCAGUCGUAGUCUGGCCACCUGUUUGAACCACCAAAUAGCGUCCUUCCUGGAAUUGGACCCUCUGUCUCCAGUCCUACUCAUCAUAUGCCACACGGAGAAAAUUUUGAUCUGAACUAAGUUUGGAGGGAUAUAACUGGGUUUUGGUUCCAGGACUUAGGCUCAGCGCAUUAAAGAAGCAGAAACCAGCUACAACACUUAGAUCCCAUUGGAACUUCUUCACAGUGCACAAAAACUUGGAUAUUGGGAUUUUGUGCAGACCCAUCUCUAAUAAAAGUACCACCCGAUCUCCCUUUCCUGGGAAUAACUUCCAUUUUUAGAGUGUUCUGUUUUAUAAAGAAGCUUUUUUCAUUUUUCACUCGACUGUUAACAGACAAGUGUAUUUUUGUAUAUCCAAUACUUGAAGGAAUCAGAUACCACUUUCCCCAUCUCAUCUUUAUUCCUGCUAUUGUAAUUAAAAUUCUGCUGACUUCCUUCCCCGAUGUAUUUCCCAUCUCCCUCCGUGCUCAUCUGCUGCCCUAGACUCACAUGCGUGAGAACUGAGACGGUGAAUGGAAAUCAGUCCCUCACGAUUAUGAUACCUUGUGCCUAAAGAACCUCGUGGUUCUGCCCCCAACUCAAAUAGCAAGUCCUGGCUCAGAGAGAAUGGUGGGAUUUUCAAAGGAGGCUAAUGGGAAAUGGAGGGAUUUUUCAAACUGUCUAAGAGAUUUAGGAGCACAAAUCCUAUUGAAAGUCAAGUCAUUGAGGCCCAGAUCCUCAAAAGGUACCUAACUCUCAUUGAUUUCAAUGGAAGUUAGGCUCCUAAAUACCAUAAAGGGUCUGGGCCUUAGGCACUGAGGAAAAUUCCAUCACUUACUCCUUUAAUUGUCUUGGAAAGUCCCAUCUUAAGAGUGCAUUGUAUCCAGGAGCUUUGAAGAUGCUAAAACCUUUUGCUACAGCCACUCAAUGAACUCUUUACAAAUGUGACACGAUUCUAUCUGCAGGGUUGCUGUAGCUGUGUUGGUCCCAGGGUAUGAGAGAGACAAGUUGGGAGAGGUGCUCUCCGUUAUCAAACCAACUUGUUUUGGUGAGAGAGACAAGCUUUUGAGCUUACACACAGCUCUUCUUCAGGUCUGAAGCUCAAAAGUUUGUCUCUUUCACCAACAGAAGUAGGUUUGAUAACAGAGGGUACCUCACCCAAGUUGUGUCUCUCUAACAGGAUUAUAUUGUUGCUUUAUUGGUCAAUUCUUUUCUUCCCCCCACCCUGCCCAUCUGUAUUUUGUGUUUAAAGUUCUCCCUCUUCCUCUCCGCUUUUUUUGUGUUCCUUUCGGAAAACAAUCUGCACUGAUUUUUAUGUAAAAUAAACCUCCCAUGUGUACAGACUCUGGGGCAUUGCUCCAGUCUGUUGCAGCUCUGUUUAUUUUGAUUGAUUUUAA